CGCAUCAUGGACCUGCCUAUUCCCUAAUCCUCGGCUCCUGAAAGUCCCAUCAUCUUCUCUUCUUUGACUCCGCCACACUCCUUUUUCCUUCGAAGUUCCUUUCUCUGUUUUUUUGACCUACUUCUUCCUACCUUACUCAACUUUACCCGAUUCCCAAGAUUUCCCUGUCGCCAGCAAUCUCCGCUCACUAAGCGUGAGAAGGGUGGUUCGGCGAGACGCCCCAUCAUCCGGCGGACCCAACGCAAAACUCACUCACCAUGUCGGGACGCUACGAGAGGGUAAAUUCCCACAACGAGGACGAUGAACCCGAAACACCAACGUCAGCCGAGCCAAGGCACCCCCAGCCGAUACCGCAAUCACCACCGCCAUCCUUCCACUCCCGCGCAUCAUCGCUAGUAUCGAGGGGACGGCACGAGGGCGUCGAUUCCGCGCUGGCCGACGCAUUCGACGCCGACGACGACGACAGCGACGACGAGCCGGACGAUAGGCAGCGGUUAGUGCGAGGGAAUUCCUCCGCCGGCAGCGGCGGCACUACUCCUCCGUCAGGACCCACGAGCGCAGAUGACGGAACCAGGCCCAGGGUGCCGGGCAGGCAGGUGACGGAACUGCCGCAGGUCAGCGGGCCCGCGACUCAGGCUCGCGUCUACGGCAGCGGCAUCCAGUCGGACGGGGUAUUCUCCAACUUGUCGGCCAAGCCGGAACGGGGAGAGGGGGAGAAGGAAGAGCUACCUCCGUCAUACGAACAAGCUGCUGCCGAUGCCGCUCCGCCAUACUGGGAGACGACCAUUCUCGCCCCGGGACUCGGCGGGUCCGACGAAGUCUACAUCGACGGCAUGCCGGUCGGGUCCAUAUUCAGCUUCAUUUGGAACGCCAUGAUCUCCAUGGCCUUCCAGCUCGUCGGCUUCCUCCUCACCUACCUGCUCCACUCUACACACGCAGCUAAGAGCGGCUCCCGCGCCGGCCUGGGCAUCACCCUUAUCCAGUACGGCUUCUACAUGAAGGACCCGGGCCCGGGAUCGGGAGCGGGUGGCAUGGGCUCGGACGCGGGCAGCGGCGGAGACGGAUACUCGACGCCCGCGGACCCGAACUCGCACGACUUUGAUCCGAACGAUGUCACGCAGGGCGGGAGUGGCGGGAGCGGGGGCGUGUCGGACAUCACCAGCAGUGACUGGAUUGCGUAUAUCCUCAUGAUUGUGGGCUGGUUUAUCCUCAUCAGGGCGGUCAGUGAUUACCUCAAGGCGCGGAGGCAUGAGCAGCUCGUGCUCCAGAGCCCGGAUAGGGGUCUUGGUAUCCCGAUCAUUGCAGACGGCGAGAGGUCCGAGACUAGCUCCGGACUUCUGCCACAGCGCCCCUACCUCCUGUCAUUAUUGGGAGGCCAUCGUAACCAAACCGUGGCGACACUCAAGCGAUACGUCCUGCGCCUCAUCGCCGCCUUUCCCCUUCCAUCUUUCCAGCCACCCACGAACCAACUCGGGCUCCCACGCAUCCAGCCCUUCAACAACAUGGCCUGGCGCAGCUCCGGCGCGACCAACAGGGAUCUCGUCGAGAACCUCUGGACCAACGGGUUGAUCACCAGUCCGGCCGCCAAAGAAGCCUUCCUCAAGGUCGACCGCGCAAACUACUCCCCCCGCGCCCCCUACGAGGACUCCCCGCAGUCCAUCGGCCACGAGGCAACCAUCUCGGCGCCGCACAUGCACGCCACCGCCGUCGAGAGCCUCCUCCCCUACCUGACGCCGACGGAAUCCAACCCGGCCCCUCGGGCCCUCGACGUCGGCAGCGGGUCCGGGUACCUGACGCACGUGCUGGCCGAGCUGGUGGGCGAGCGCGGCACCGUCGUCGGCGUGGAGCACAUCGACGCGCUGCGCCGGCUCGGAGAGGAGAACAUGGGGAAGAGUGAGAGGGGCAGGGAGUUCUUGCGGAGCGGGCGAGUGGCGUUCCGGGUUGGGGAUGGGAGGAAGGGGUGGAGGGGGGAGGUCAGAGGCGCGGAGGAGGGGGUGGUCGAGAGGAGGGGCGAUGGGUGGGAUGCCAUUCAUGUGGGGGCUAGUGCGGCGGUGGUGCAUCCCGAGCUGGUGGAGCAGCUGAGGGCGCCGGGGAGGAUGUUUAUUCCUGUGGAUGAUGAGGAGGGGGGGUGGGGGCAGCAUGUGUGGACGGUGGAUAAGGAUAGGGAUGGGGUGGUGACUAAGAAGAAGCUGUUUGGGGUGAGGUAUGUGCCCUUGACGGAUGCGCCGAAGUGACGAGAUGGGGAUGUACGGAUAUGGGUUUGCGUUGGGCUAGAAACAGAGGCCGGAUAUCGGUCUGGUCUGUCACUUAUAGCUGGGACUUGGGAGAACGCUCGCGGUCGGGACGUCUAAGGUCCAUUUCAGAACGUUAGCUCGAUUUUGGACGCAAUUCCGAUGCUUUUCAUGCCAUCAGGAACAUGAUCACCAACGGCGAUUGAGGCCACAACGAUGUAGCCCAGAUAUGUAGAGUCAAAGAGUGGCAUUUCAGCAUUGUCUCAACUCUACGCACUCUCCAGCCGUUGUAGACCUAAGCGUGCCGUCAUCUCCCUCCGUAUCACCCUUCAACCCCUAACCUCACCGGGCAACACAGUGACUCCAAAUCCGGCACUUGGCCCGAUCGAAUAUAUACAUACACCUGGUAGCACGGAUCCCAGCGUC